AUGAGCAUUUCAUCAGAGCACCGAUCCCUUGGGAAACAAGUCACGAGCAGUCUACAAACGCUGUCACCGAUCGUGGAGUUAAACAUUGGCGGGGAGGUGUACACAACAACGCUAAGCACCCUGAGGAAACACCCUGGCUCCAAGCUGGCAGACAUGUUUACUGGCCAGCCCAAGCUCAGGACAGACACAGAGGGGAGGUUCUUCAUUGACAGGCCAGGCACCUAUUUUAAGUACAUCUUGGAAUACCUCCGCAGUAACCAGGUGCCCACCCAGUGCAUCCAGGACGUGUACAAAGAGGCAUUGUUCUAUGACAUCGAGCCUCUGGUCAAGCAGCUGGAGGACUCCCCUCAGAUUUUUGGGGAGGUGGUGGCAAGGAAGCAGUUUCUGGCCCGUGUGCCCAACUACAGCGAGAACAUUGAGCUGAUGAUUCGCAUCGCCAGGGCAGAGGCGGUAGCAUCCCGCCAGUCCAGCGUCAUGGUGUGUGUGGUCAGGACCGAGGAGGAUGCAGCCAAGUGUCACGACGCCCUGAAUAGCUUGGACAUGGAUAAGAAAUCGGUGGUGAAGUUUGGCCCCUGGAAGGCGACGCCGAGCAUUUCUGACCUUUUGGAUUGCAUUAAAAUGGACAUUGAAGCCAAAGGAUACAAGAUUUCCUUCCAGCCCCACGUCACAGAGAAAGGCUUCCGGUUCAAAUCCUACGACUUCUUCUACAAAUUUCUGUUCACCUGGUGGUAG